ACCGCAGCUGAAAUCAUGGCGCUUCAUUCUACUGUGCCUUACUCUGUUCAAGAUGCCAUCACUCAGCUGUUGAGACCGCAGAGGGUGGAGUUUAUGCGGCAGGUCAUGCUGGUUCAGUCCAAAAGCCGAACUGAGAACCGCAUUCUGGUGAUAACUCAAUGGAGAGCAUAUAUGUUUCACAGCAAGCAACCUGUAAAGGUGGAAAGUUCCUUCAGCUACCUGGAAAUCUAUGCCAUUGCCAUCGAAAGCCCCGUAAAGGUGGUACUUGAGACAGACAGGCAGAGCUACUGUCUUUCUCUCAUUUCUGUGGAGGACCUAGAGGCCAUGGUCAGUCAUGUGACUGCCUCGCUGAAGAAGAUCUUUCCCGAUUCAUCUCCAGGGAAGUUGCUGAAGAAGAUCCCCCCUGACCUGAAGGACAGGCUCUUGAAGUUGACCUCCAACGUGGAGGAUCACCUGAACGGGACGCAGGGGCCAUGCGGUGGCUUCUCAGUGACGUACGAGGCGCUGUGCGAUUUCAACGAGCUGCCCUGCCGAGAGGAAGUGCAGUGGGAUGUAGACAAUAUCUAUCAUGUCCAGAACUGUCGGGAGUUCAACUUGCUGGACUUCAGUCACCUGGAAAGCAGGGAUCUGGCCUUGGCUGUGGCUGCCCUUUCAUUCAAUGAGUGGUUUACCAAGAUCUCUAGCAAGGACUUCAAAGUGCCUCCGGAUGUGCAGGAGCAGAUUCUCUACAUGAUCAACCGGUCUGAGACACUGAAAGAGCUCUGCCUGGAGAACAGUGGCCUGAAGCUGGACUUUGCUGUGAAGAUGGGCUUGGCUAUGAAAGACCGCACCUGCCCUGCACUGCACAUUAUCAACCUGUCAGCCAAUCAGAUUGAGGACAAAGGUGUUUCUGCCCUCAGUCAGAACCUGGAUAAGUUGCCCCAUGGUCUAACCCAGCUGUACCUAUCCAAGGUGUCUCUCUCCCCUAAAGGGCUGGGCAAUCUGGCCAAUGCUUUGGCCCAGAGCAGCGGCCUUUCCAACUGCCUGACGCAUCUCGACUUGUCAGGAAAUCCAGGUUGCAUGGCAACAGAGGAGGCUGCGACUCUCUGCAAGUUCCUAUCAGGCCCCAACGUUCUGUGUCUCCUGGACCUCAGUGGGACAGACUGUCCUCUGGACACGCUCUUCGUGUCAUUGUCUGUGGGUUGCUGCUCCAGUCUGAGUCACCUCAAUCUCUCCAGAAACACCUUUACCCACAGAAAAGGGCGAGAGGUGACACGCAGUGUGAAAGACUUCUUUAGCAAAGUCUCUGAGCUGCGGUAUAUGGGGCUGGCUGGAACCAAGCUCCCACCGGCAGCUCUCAGGCUGUUGCUGCAGGGUUUAGCUACCAACACACGUCUGUGUGGACUAGACCUGGAUAUCAGCGGAUGUGAGCUGAGGUCCCCCGGAGCACAGGUGAUUCAGGAGCACAUUUUCGAAGCCAAGGCCAUCUGCAGUCUGGACCUGUCUGACAACGGGUUUGAGAAUGACAUGGUCACUCUGGUGUUGGCCAUCGGCCGUAGCCACUCAAUCCGUCACCUUGCACUGGGGGGAAACUUUGCCAUGAAAUCCAAAGCUCUCACUGAUGUCCUCCACCGCAUCGUCCAGCUAAUCCAGGAGGAGGAGUGUCCUCUGGAGUCUCUGUCUGUGUGCGACUCUAAGCUGAAGACGGGCACCACCAUCCUCAUCAAUAGCCUCGCCAGCAAUGCCAACCUCUCCAAGAUCAACAUCAGCGGGAACUUCAUCGGAGACACAGGUGCCAAGAUGCUGGCCAAGGCCCUGAUCAUCAACACUAAGCUCAAGACUCUGGUGUGGGAUAGAAACAACGUGACGGCCAAGGGCUACCAGGAUGUGGCCAACGCACUAGAGAAGAACUCCACACUGCAGCACAUGUCUCUGCCCUUCAGUGACAUGUCGCAGGCCUUCCGCAGCAGUCCUGAGAAAACCGAAGAGGCCUUGCAGCGUAUCCUGAAGUGCCUGCUGAGGAAUGGCCAGCAGCAGACAGGGACUCCAAAGCACAUGCUGGACCUGCAACAGGGCCUGCAGACCACUCAGUCUGAACAGCUUGUGCAGGGCCUCUGUCGGAAGCUUAAGGAGAGUGUUCAGCCGCUGACCUCCUGCAACAUUCAGGAAGUACAGGGGGACAUUCUAGCUGCUGAAGAUGUGCUGCACAACGCUAAGACCUCCAUAACGCUCCUGCCUUCACUCUAUGAGUUGGGAAGGUCGCCCUCUAGUGGUCUGAUGCUGCAACAGGUUCUACACGACACUGCAAGAACACUUACCAAUGACAUCACAGAGGAAAUCCAGGAGCUGGCGCAGUUGCUGCUGCAGUCGGCGCAGUCGGUCUGCCCUCGCGUCGUGCAGAGGACCAGUGUGAACGAGCGGCUGGCCCACAGCGUGGCCAAGAAGUCCCGGCAGGCCGCCCACUUCAUCGAGAGCACGAUGCACGAGGUCGAGACACACAUCAAAAACAAGCUCAGUGAACUGAAACUGGCUGUUACUGUCACCCUGGUGGAAAGGGUCAUCGAUGAAGUUCUGCAAGACCUGUCUGUGGCUCAACAGAAACUGGAUCGUCAUGUGGAAGAUCACACUCAGAUCUCCUCUCUGAGGACCAAUGUGCCCCAGCUAAGAGUGGUCGAACACGAGUUCCCCACCGACGAGUAUGUCCCAGUCAUCUGGAGGAACAGCUUCCACACCAAGAGUAUCCGUCCAGCCCCGUCAGUGAAAAGUCUGCUGGAUGUGGACGCGGAGCAGCAGGCGAGAGAGAGCAGCGCGCAUUAUCAGCAUGAAGGCGUCGGGGGAGGGGUGGGCGUCAGAGGAGGAGGGGGGAGCCUGCUGCUGCUCGCGCCCGCUCUCGCCGGACCCAGGGAGGUGGAGUUCGAGUCGAGGGGGCGGGCCUCCUCGUUGUCGUUGGCGACGGCGCUGUCAGUCAAGCCGAGGCCCCGAGGCUCCUCCUACGCGGGCGGGCAGGAGGCGGACGUUGCUGCCGCGGCGACUGCUGCUGCUGCUGCUGCUGCUGCUGCCGCGGCGACCGCUGCUCUUAGCCACAGUGAGGCACGGCGCCCUGAGCCCGCACCUCCGCGCCCCCCUAUGGACCUGCCCAUCGAAGGCCACACACUGAGGCACUACACCCGCUCCAGGCCCAGACCCAACCGCCGCAACAGGCAGCCGCCCAGCAAGCCGCAGGAGCAGGCAGCGGAGGGCGAAAAUGAAGUCAAUGAAAACAUGGGCAGGGUAGACGAGGGAGUAGAGGAGUUUUUCACAAAGAAGAUCAUCCCAGAUGACCCCCUAAAGCACCAGAGGGAGGAGCCCCUCAUUAAAGCACAACCACCCACAGAGUCCGCCCCCACCUCCACCACAGCUCCUCCCAACACCACCACCACAACAUCAUCCACCACGACUGCCUCCAACAUCACCACCUCCACCACCUCCACCACACCCACCCCCACUGCACCGGCCUCCAAAAACAUCAAGAAGAAAUUUGGGGACUUCUUCGCCUUCAAGAAGGUGCGCGCCGCCCGGGGCACCAAAGGGGAGGGCGCCCCAGAGGGCAAGGCCAAGAAGACCUCCAUCGCUGACCUCAUCCGACCCCUGAGGGAGGCGGCACGGGCCGAGAAGGAGCGCGAGAAAGAGAGGGAGCGGGAGAAGGAGCGAGAGAGAGAGAAGGAGAGAGAGAAGGAGAAGGAGAAAGCACACGAAGGAGAGGAGGAGGAGGAGGAAGCUGUCCAAAUCAUCCCUACCACCACCACCAUCACAUCCGCCGUCACCACCCCCAACAUCACCACCAUCACCGCAGAUGCAGACGCGCCGGUCAAAGACGCCGUGCGGGCCUCUGCCCCCUCGCCGACGCCCUCUCCUGCCCUCACCUCCCCCACCUCGCCCAGCCCUGCCCCGUCACCCACUCCGGUGACCAAUGAGGUUCAAGCGCUCUCCCCGGCGUCACCCUCGCCCACCGGGGCUCCGGUCCCAUCCGCCUCGCCCUCCGCUGAGCUGGAGAAGGGCCGCGCGCCGGACGGUGAGCGCAGGCCCAAGCCCAGCAGGCGCUCGCUGAGGGAGGCCAAGUCCCAGUCCCUCAUCCUGCUCACGGGGUUAGAGCCCGAGGAGGGGGGACCUGCCGCACAAGCCAAGAAACACGCGUCUGAGAGCUCGUCCAGUUUUGAGCAGCGGCUCCACGUCAUGCUCCAUCGCAUGGGCAUGACCAAGACGCCUCCCUCGGAGUCGUCCAAAAGCAACCAGAGCAAGGAUGAGGAGCUGAAGAAAGCGAACUCUGAAGGAGCGAUUCUGGACAAUAAACCUGAACCUCCGCCCACUUUUAUGAAGCCGCGCACCAUGUCCACCUCAUCAGACACUAGGCGGCCCGUACGACCAGGUGUGACAGGUGACAAGCCGGCCAUACCCGACCGCCCCGUUGGCCCUCUGCCCCCCAAACCUGCCCUCAAACCCGUGCUCCCCCUGCCCUCCGAGGCCCCAGGCACCCCCAGGGUCUCCCCGAUGGCCCCUAAGCUGCCCAGCCCGUCCAUAGAGGCCCCACCGCCCGGGGAGCCGGACCAGGACCCUGGCGUGAUGGCAGCCCAGGCCCAGCCGAAGGAGCCGCCACCUCUGUCCCCUCGCAGGGAGGCCCCCCCGGCCCCGUCCCCACGCAGGGGCAUCAGCACAGACGCCAGGGAGCGAUCCGAGAGAGCACAAUCAGUCACUGAAGAGACCCUGCCGAAACCACGCCCCCGCAUGAAGCCCUCGCCCCAGCGGCGCGCCGUGUCUGUCCACGAGGACUCGCUUCUCCUCCAGCAACACGCCGCCCUGCUGGACCCUGAGGAGUUGAAGGCGGCGUUGCCACGGCUACAGAGGUCACCCGUGCGUAAGCAUACCAACCUGGGGGAGCUGCCACCGUGCUCUGAAGACCUUCCCGAGGGAGAGGAGGGUAAAGGAGCAGGGAAGAGGGAGGAGGACAGUGGCCAGGCAGAGGAGACCGACUGUAUGGCGCCCUCCAAUGGCCACAGGGGGCACAGCCCAGCAGGGACCAGCCAGGAAGACCAGGGAGAGACCACCAUGGACGGGGAAGGGGGGGAAACAGUCUCAGAGCAGCACACACCAGCGCAGGGAGAACCAUCAGACCAAAGAACUGAACCCCCCUUAUCCAAGACAAACAUGGACUGAGCCCCCUGUGCAAAAUCUAUUUUCUAUCAUGUCUAACUUUGCCUUGCACGUCAGAUUAUGUACAAAAGAAUGAAUUAUGAACAAACGAAGAAAACAAGAAAAGAAUGGUUUUAAAAAGAGAACAAAUCAAUACCUAUACUUGUUAAUAAUGAUUAAAAAGUGAAUUCAGUUGUGUCAAAA